UUCCCCGAGUCGAAUCAAGUACAUGGGUAUCAACUUUGUUGAAACAUGAAUAUCGUGGGUUAAUAUUAUACGUCAAUUUUAGAAAAUACAUACAUAAAAUAUUUAAUUUUACGGAGAGACCAUAGAUUCACGUGCCCUAUAUUUUUGCCUAUAAAUCCGCCCCUAAAUUCCGAUAGAUUACGAACUACUCCAUUGAAUAUCAAUCGGUGCCUAAAGCGUGAACAAUUCAUCGGCAGUGUGAAAGAGGAGUGGUUUGAGAAAAUGGAAGAGGCUCUUCUGCCGUUGAAUGAUGUGAUGAGCAAAAGGGUGGUGUUUAAAGAAGAGGUGAAAGAAGUGAGUCGCAUAGCAAUUCCUAUGAUAGUUGGGACGAUGUGCCAAUACCUCUUACGCUAUGCACCAAUGCUUAUGUUGGGUCACUUAAGUGAACUAUCCCUCUCUAGUGCCUCUAUCGCCACAUCUUAUUGCACUGUUACUGGCUUUGCUAUUCUUUUUGGAAUGGCAAGUGGACUAGAAACUUUAUGUGGACAGGCCUAUGGAGCAAAGCAGUAUCAGAAAGUUGGCACUAUUACUUAUGCUGCUGUCAUAUUUCUUUUAUUCUUUUGUUUGCCAAUAUCUCUUGUGUGGAUCUACACUGAAAAUUUGCUUUUAUGGAUUGGCCAAGACCCAUCAAUCUCUGUUGAAGCUGGAAAAUAUUCAAUUUGGCUCAUACCAACUCUCUUUCCCUAUGCUAUUCUUCAGUCAUUGUUUUGCUAUUUCCAGGCUCAAAGCUUGAUCCUUCCACUCUUAUGGACCUCAGUCGUCUCUCUAUGUUUUAACAUACCUCUCAGUUGGGCUUUCAUAUUUAAAUUUAAUUUUGGGACCAUUGGUGCAGCAAUAGCAAUCGGUUUAUCAUAUUGGUUGAACGUCAUCUUGCUUGUGAUUUAUUUGAAGUUUUCGUCAACCUGUCAAAAGACACGUCCUUUUUUCUCAAAGGAUGUUUUUCUUGUUAUGCCAGAGUUCAUCCGAUCUGCUUUUCCAUCUGCUGGAAUGGUUGGUUUGAGAUGGUGGGCAGUUGAGAUAAUUACAUUACUCGGUGGAUUGUUGCCAAAUCCACAACUAGAGACUUCUGUUCUAUCUAUUUGCCUUACAACCUCUUCAAUACACUUCAACUUACCCUUUUCUUUCGGUGCUGCUGCAAGCAUUCGAAUUUCAAACGAGUUAGGAGCUGGGAAUCCAAAAGCAGCAAGAGUUUCUAUAUAUGCAGUCUUCACUCUAGCAGCUGCAGAGUUUCUUCUGGCAAGUGGAAUUCUGUUCUCCUUGCGUAAUGUAUGGGGAUAUGCUUUCACACAUGAACAAGAAGUCGUCGAUCUUAUCACAGAAAUUACUCCUCUUCUCUGCCUCUCCAUCAUCGUUUAUAGUACAGUUACUGUAUUAUCAGGAGUAGCAAGAGGAAGUGGAUGGCAACAUAUAGGGGCCUAUAUUACUUUAGGAUCAUAUUACUUGGUCGGAAUUCCUGCCUCUUUACUCAUGGGAUUUGUUUGGAAUUGGAAAGCAAAGGGCCUUUGGUGUGGAUUAUUGAUGGGGUCAACAGUGCAAGCUAUUCUGCUCUGUAUUAUUACUGGUCUCACAGAUUGGGAAAAACUGGCCAAGGAAGCAAGAGAAAGAUUGUUUGAUAGGAAGAUUUCAUGCAACAAAUGACUCAAACGAAUGUAUGAGUACACAAUGAUGAUCUUCACUUCGAAAGCAUAAAAGGAUAGCUUAAUUUGGCUAGAUUUUUUUCCUAGCAUAUGUCUCUACUUGAGCAGUGACAUACGAACAUUUUGUACUCUUAAGAUAUAUGAGUAUUUGAAGCGUCCUCGUACCUUCAAAUCACCAAGGUAGCACAAGACGCUUUCAAUUCAAGAAAGUAAAUCCAUACAUUUUUCCUUUAAUGAAUGCAAUUAGUUAAUUAGGAGUAGUUGAUUAGAUUGAAGACAUACUUGUAGAGGUGGGUUCUCUUCUCCUGUGCGUGCGCGCGUGUUUUGAACUAUGCUUGUAGAGCUAUGACAAUUAAAGUCGACAUUGUCUGCUACAACUAUUUAUCCUAAUUCUGCAACUAUGUUGUUGUUGUUGUAGUAGUAGUAGUUUCAAGUGUGUUUUCUCUUUAACUAAUUGGUAGAGAGAAGAAAUGAGACCCAGUUCUACACGCCAAUGAAAUAUGAACAACAUGAAAACUUUAAUUUUCCUA